ACCCUUCUCUUCCUGAAAUCUUAUCGUCCUUUCUUCUAUUUUUGCAAGCUCAGAAGAAUAGCCAUGCCUACUGCUUCAGCGUCUUUUCUGUUUCUCCCUUUUCUCAAUCCUAAAACUCUCUCCCUUUGCAACCCCAACAAACUCACUUCUCUCUUUUUUGUCUCUCCCUCUUCCUCUUCUCUCAGGUUACAUGCCAAGCCCAUUUCAAUCCCCACUUCAUUUUUCCACUCCUUGGGAGCUCUCCGACAACCCUUUUCCUCUCGCUUCGUUCCCAACGUUGCUAUUUCUUCUGAGUACGGACAAGAAGAGGAGGUCGCGAGCGACGGAGAUGAUCCCACUUUCUCUCCCGACCUCAAAUUGUUUGUGGGUAAUCUUCCCUUCAGCGUUGACAGUGCCCAGCUUGCUGGCUUGUUUGAAAGCGCUAGAAAUGUUGAGAUGGUUGAGUAACUGGGAGAAGCAGAGGAUUUGGUUUUGUGACCCUGUCAACUACUGAGGAAGUUGAAGCAGCGGCUCAGCAGUUCAAUGGCUAUGUAAGUUGGAUCAUAUUUUAUCCAAGUUUUUGUGAAUAUCACUU